ACAGUUAGGACUAGUAGUCAAACAACGGAAGCCAGUAACAAAUGUUGACUUUUGGAGAGAGAAAAAAAGGGAAAAAAACGAGGAAUCAUCUCAACAUUUUGCUUUAGAGAGAUGGCGGAUUAGGGGGGUUGAGACUGGUUUCAUAUGUCGACAGAAUAACGCACACAGGAGCAGGGAAAGAGAGAGAGGAAGACAGAAGGAGAGGAGAGAAGAGAAGGAGGGGGUUAAGUUCACAAAUUCAAGGAGUUGCAGUUUGAUGGCGUUGUCGGAAGUUUCAAAGAAUGGGGAAAAGAACUAGCCCGCGGGGGAUCAUAAAGGCGAAAUUGAUGACAAAGUGAUGCACCCAAUAUACAUCCAAGGAUUCAAUUAAUGUUGGAAUGACGAGUAUAAAGAACUUUGAUGACGCGGAUUGAAUGUAGUUGAAGAAGAAGCUGAGGUUGCAUAUUUUGGAUUCGCGUUUCCAGUGGAAAUCGGGACGGAGGAAAAAAUGUGGCAGACAGAUACAGAAGGAACGAUGUGAGCUGAGACGAGCAGUGACUUUUAUCAUGUGUAUAAUAUUUUAAUCACUUUUGGUUUUGCGCAUUGUCUUUUUUUUUUAACGUUUCUUUUUCAAGAGCGGGUCGAACGGAGGAAAACUUUUGUUUAUUCCAGAAUGGGCAUGGGACUUUUAUCGAAAUGUCAGCUGUAGUUUGCCGUUAGUUUUCUGGUAACCUAUUUGAAUACAGUCUUAAAGAAGAUACUCUGUAGCCGACCUCUUCUCACAAGAAUGUCUGAUUUUGAGAGAGAUGCAGCGAGCCGUUAUUGGACGCAACAAUGUGGCCAACUUCAAUGAGGCCUUAUUUGAUUUUUAUUGCAACAAUUGCCAUAAUCGGUAUCCUUGUGGAUUGCAACCUAAAUUCAUUUUCAUUGUAUUUUGCCGUGAAAUAAAUCAAUAAUAUGUUGACAUCGGUUCGAGUGAAGACAAAUAAAAUCAAUAUCUAUUUGAUGGCUUUUUUCCGUUGUUGGUAAAGAUUUUGUUCGGGUUUCCACUCGUACUGUACAUCUCACCCAGGAGGACUGCAUUUUGGUGGUUGAAAGAUUGGAGACUCAUUCUACUGGGGGUCUGGCACGGGACAACGACUCGAAUCAACGCACCAGUUCCCGGGACAGGCUGCUCGCUCGAGCGCCCGGUGGUCGCCCUACAUGACACCCCGCACUCAGAAGAUCCGGAUUUUUAAGGAUUUAACUCAAUAACCCUGGAAUCUAAUCUGAUUUACUUUUUUUUGUGAGAUAACCCGCAUCGUAUCCUGUGUAGGCUAUGCUAUGCCUGUGUAAACUGUGACCAGGCAGGUAUGCAGUUGAACCGGCCGAAGAGCGCUUUAGUGACGAGCUUCAGCCCGCCGAUGGUCCCGGAGACAGCAGCCAGUAGGAGUACCAGUACGGUUUCCUUCUCCAGACAGUUCAAAACAAUGCGCUUCUCCUACCACAUCAGCAGCGGCAUGCCAAGUCCACAACCACCGCUGCGCGGGAUACGCCCGUCCUCUUCCAGUCCUCGGCUGAUGACUAAGAGCCUGUCUCUGGAUCCUGGUGCUCACGGUGCCUGCCUCGGGGCCCAUGCCGAUGACUCAGACACCCAGACCCCUCGCCUCAGCUCAGACCCCGGAUCCCUAACCUCCGGGUCCCUUGGUCUGCACCCAUCCAUGCCCCUGCUGUACCCAGGUGGACACGGCUGUAACGGAGGAGACAACGGGAGUGGAACUCCUCGGGAAGUGCCCUCCACCGCCCUCAAGAGACGCCCUCCUCUACCUGGGCCUAAACCACAAGUGCCCCCAAAGCCUCCUCACCUGCAGCAGAGUGCUGGUGCUCCUAGGCCCUGCCCCCGCGUCCCGGACAAGCCCCUCCCACCUCCCCCACCCUGCAGACCUUUGCCUGCAGACCCCAGAGGGGGAGGACCCUGCCGACCGCCGACACUCCCCCGCGGCGAGGGACGCUCCUCCCCCACCGCCUGUGUGCUCUCCCUCAUUGAGAAGUUUGAGAGGGAGCAGAUCAUUGUGGUGCCUGAUAUCAUGGGAGGGGGUCUCUGCAACCCCAGGGUCCCUGAGACAGGACCAGGUGGGGGCCCCUUCUCUCCCCCAGUCUCAGAGCUCACUCUCGGCUGUCUCCACGUGGCCUGCCCUCCUGGUUCCUCUCAAGAGCUGGAUGACCUACCUCAGGGGCUGGCUGUUUUGGCUGGCGUGGUGCUGGGAGAGAAAGCAGGAGAGACAGACAACAAGGAUAAUGAUAAAGAACAUGAACUAGGAGCGUUGUGCUCUGCCUCUGACAAGCGCCUGUCCAUGGAGUCCGGUUAUAGCGCCUCAGAGAAACUCACAGACGCCGUGGCGAUAAGGGGGCAGGCGGAGCCAGAAAGCCAAUCAGGGAUCCCCUCUGACAACUUGUCCCUCCUCCAGCCGCAAGCGGACGGCAAACUGGCCAAUCGAGACUCUGGCAUCGACAGCAUCAGCUCUCCGUCCCACAGUGAGGAGCUGUGUUUCGCCGGCGACGAGGACCGGGUCAUCUUCCCCUGUAGUCCCGCCCUCACGCUGCCACGCCUCUCUAGCUCCUCCUCCUGCAGCUAUGCGGAGGGCCCGGGGGGAGAGGGGGCGUCGGCUGAGGGUGGGGGCGAUUCGGAGGGGGACAGUGACUUGGAGGAGGGAAGCGGGGAUGAGACCAUUGAGCUCAUCAACCCCAUGAUGGAUCUCCAACCUCUGGCACUGGCCCUGCCUAAAACAGACAGGCAGGACUCUACAGAGCUGUCGGUGCAGCAGCGUGUGUUCAACAUAGCCAAUGAGCUCCUCCACACAGAGAAGGCCUACGUGUCUCGGCUGUACCUCCUGGACCAGGUGUUCUGCUCCUCCCUCCUAGAGGAGGCGCGCUCCCGCUCCUCCUUCCCUCUAGACGUGGUCAUGGGUAUCUUCUCCAACAUCUGCUCUAUAUACUGUUUCCACCAGCAGUUCCUGCUCCCCGCCCUGGAGAAACGCAUGGCAGAGUGGGAUGUGAACCCGCGCAUCGGGGACAUCCUGCAGAAGCUAGCCCCCUUCCUGAAGAUGUACGGAGAGUACGUGAAGAACUUUGACCGGGCCAUGGAGCUGGUCAACACCUGGAUGGAGAGGUCGUCCCAGUUCAAAGCCAUCGUCCACCACAUCCAGAGAGAGGAGCGCUGUGGUAACCUGACCCUACAGCACCACAUGUUGGAGCCGGUUCAGAGGAUCCCUCGCUACGAGCUGCUGCUGAAAGACUACCUGCACCGUCUCCCUGGCGACCAUGAUGACUUUAAGGAUGCACAGAAAUCUCUGGAGUUGAUCGCCACAGCGGCAGAGCACUCCAACACAGCCAUCAGAAAGAUGGAGCGUAUGCGUAAACUGCUGAAGGUGUAUGAGUUGCUGGGAGGAGAGGAGGACAUCGUUAACCCUACUAACGAACUCAUCAAGGAGGGACACAUCCUUAAACUGUCGGCUAAGAACGGCACCUCACAGGACAGAUACCUCAUCCUGUUCAAUGAUAGGUUAUUGUACUGCGUCCCUAAACUGAGGUUGAUUGGUCAGAAGUUUGGGGUGAGGGCCAGGAUUGAUGUGGAUGGGAUGGAGCUGAAGGAGAGCAGCAGUAUUAACGUUCCCAGGACCUUCCUGGUGUCUGGGAAACAGCGCUCACUAGAGCUCCAGGCCAGGACUGAAGAAGAGAAGAGAGAUUGGAUCCAAGCUAUCCAGGCCACUAUCCAAAGACAUGAACAGACGCUAGCCACGUUCCACCAUCUCAACUGUUCUCUCCGAGAUGAGGACUACACUCCUCCCAACUCACCUAACUGUAAUGAGCUGGGGAAGCGUGCCCCCACUCCGAUCCGUGAGAAGGAGGUGACUCUGUGUAUGAAGUGCCAGGAGCCGUUCAACUCCAUCACCAAGAGACGCCACCACUGCAAGGCCUGUGGACACGUGGUGUGUGGAAAGUGUUCAGAGUUCAGGGCCCGUCUGCUCUACGACAACAACAGGGCUAACAGGGUGUGCAUCGCCUGCUACACCACCCUAGUGGGGGUUCCCCCCUCCCCCGCCAGUCUGACAAGCAGCGCAUACAGAAGACGGUCAAUAUUAGAGAAACAGGCAUCGGUGGCAGCAGAGAACAGUGUGAUGUGUAGCUUCCUCCACCACAUGGAGAAGGGAGCAGGCAGAGGCUGGCAGAAAGCCUGGUUUGUCAUCCCAGAGAAUGAACCACUGGUGCUGUACAUAUACGGUGCUCCUCAGGAUGUGAAAGCCCAGCGCUCUGUCCCUCUGAUUGGCUUCGAGGUCUCCCUUCCUGAGUCAUGUGACCGCCUGGAACGCCGCUUUGCCUUCAAAAUCAGCCAAUCACACCUUACGCUCUACUUCAGCGCCGACGGGGAGGAGCUACAGCGCCGCUGGACAGAGGUCCUAUCACGUGCAGGGAGAGGGGAGGAGCUACAGGCUCACGGUUCAAUCAUAGAGACCCUAGAGGAGGAAGGGGAGGAGACUGCAACCUCGGGAGAAAAUACGUGAUUGGUUAGAAGGCAUAAAAUCAGUAUUAGAUCAUCUGCUGUGUACACAUGAAAACUACAAACUACAAACUGUACAGAUCAUGAGCAGCACAUACGCACAGUCUAAAACUUACAAACACACACACACACACACACAUUUACAGACACACAGACACACACCUCUCUGUAUUUAAUGUCAGUGAUCAGUCAGUUGCAUGAUAAUCUGCAGGUCCGUUUCUUUCAGUCAGUGUAUUGCUCAUCGUCUCAUUAGUGAACCAGUGUUUGCAAUAACGAAACAAUGCCAGUCGAAGUAAAGUGUUGCUCCCCUUCUCCCUUCAGAAGAAAUACAUUACAUGAAGAUUAGUGUGUCAUAGUGAUUUUACAUCCUUUCAUUCUGAGCACAGAACAGACAUCCUCCUCCGUACCAUUUUCCUCUGCCAAAAUCCAUGUUGAUGAUGUCAUGUUUAGAACAUUGAGUGGUUACUAUGCUGUCUGAGUGUUCUAGGGUUCUGAGUGUUCUAGGGUUCUAUGGUUCUGAGUGUUCUAUGGUUCUGAACGUGUGUAACUCUCCACAGAAGGAAGUAGAAAGCUGAUUAUACCCUACAGCUGUGUUUCUGUGUCUGUUCCUCAAUGUGAAAUGGCUGUUGUUUGGAUGGUGAUGGUGAUUGUAAUCCUAUCCUAUCUGUUACUUUCUUCCUAAUGCAAUGAGAUGAUUCCUGAAGGGCUGGACAGUGUUGGAAUAUAAUGAUGGACUGAGGGCUAACUGACCCCUGGACGGAGGGACGGACAGAGAUUGUCCCUGAAUCCCUGGCCCUUUGGCUGAAGAGAAGAGGAAACGAUAUGGCUGCCUGCUACAACUGCUCGCUCCCGAGUCUGCUCCUGGGGAUGUUAAGCUACAGAUGGAGGAUCAUAAUAUGAGACAGUUUGCUACAGCUGGAAUCCUGCAGCAACAGGAAAUGUGAAUUAAUAUGUGGAUUAUAAUAAAUGAACCUUUUUUUUAGUAGGGGUUGAUAAUGAAAAUUGUUACGCCAAAUCAAGUCUGAAAUUUUAAAGUGUACAAACAAACAAACCUUAGAAGUGUUUUUUAAACCUUGAAUAUACUACAAGUUUGCACAAAAGAGUGAUCAAAUGAAGAUCCACCAUCUGUAUAGCCUUUCACAUCUACUCUGGGGGGGAUGUGUUACAGUCUUACAGUCACCAAGUAGUAUCCUUCCUCCUCAAGCACUCUCUCUCGUCGGGUCCGGCUGUAUAGAAUUUAGAAUAUAGAAUUCCCCAAUUUGAAACUGUCCCUUUUUAUGGAAAAUGGUUUGCUUAGUUCUUGUACGGGGGCUAGUUGUUUUGUACGUAGAGUGUGGAAAGAAGAUGCUGUUACAUUACCACAUGUAACGACUAUUAAAAGAAGAUAAAAAUAUAUAUAUAUAUAUAUUAUUUUUAGAGGUUUGACUCCAAUUGAAAAAGUUACGUUUCUGGCCCGUUUCUCACUUUUGACAAUUAGACACAGUGUUUUCUAACCUUUUAAAUCCCUCGAUGCCCAUGUUAUCUCUAGAGCCAAGGGCCCACUGAUGAAUAGAGGCGUUGAACCCGUCUAUAACUGAAUGCAUUCUUUAUUAAAAAGCAUGUAUUUAGUUCCUGACUUGCAGAAUCUUUCUGACUCCCUAAAACUGAACGCUUAAUUUUGUAAAAAAAAAUUAAGACAUCGGUCCCAAUAUCUUGACAAGUGUUAUAACACACCCCUCUGCCACCUGGUGGAGACAGACAGUAUUACACUGUGUUAUAACACACCCCUCUGCCACCUGGUGGAGACAGACAGUAUUACAGUAAGAGCGGCUGCAAAAAGCAGGGAAUUAGUUAUCGCCUGUUUGUCUCUGGAAGAGACAGGGUGAGGAGGUAUAGAAAGACUGAUGAAAUACACCACUGUCCAUAAAAUCAUUUAUCUUUCUAAAACAUGGUAAUAUAGCUGGAGCUUCUCAUGUCAGAGAUGUAUUUAUAAUAUUGUACUAAUGGAGCCCUUAUUAGAGACAUUGACAACGACUUCCCAAUCUCCACCGAUCUGUUUAGGCUACAGUACAUUGGGAUGUGGUUGUGCUGUUGAGUGAGAAAGCAUGUUGUGUUGACAGAUUUACAAUAGAGAGAGAGAGAGAGAGAGAGAGAGGGAGAGAGAGAGGGAGAGAGAGAGCGUGAGAGAGAGAGAGAGAGCGUGAGAGAGAGAGAGAGAGAGAGAGAGAGAGAGGGAGAGAGAGAGCGUGAGAGAGAGAGAGAGAGAGUGAGAGAGAGAGAGAGAGAGAGAGAUAGAGAGAGAGAGAGAGUGAGAGAGAGAGAGAGAGAGAGCGUGAGAGAGAGAGAGAGAGAGGCGGGGAAGGGGGAGACUAAGAGAUUUCAGAAAUGGCUUCUGUUUGUAUCAUUCUAACCAGUGGUAUGUGACUUUAUGAGAGAGUUUGACUAGUUAAUACAGAGAAUGAUACAGUAUAUAUGAAACAGCAAAAAUAGAGUUGAAUAUUUUAGAUGUUUUAAUGAAUCUGGGUUGUUUAUGUAGGUUUGAAAAUAGUUUUUUUUUACAUGCAUUUGCAUUGUAAAUAUAAUUUAUUCUCCUCUCGGCCCAGUUUUGUGGGUGAGAUGUAAGUCUACAUGUGUCAUUGCUGUCAUGUUGGUGCUGUCUAGAUUGGACUUCAAAUUAUCGUGGUUGAACUACUUUUGGAAAUCCCAGAACUUCUCAAUGACCACUAACUACAGUAUUAAUCUGAAAAUGAUGAUGUUAAUUCACAUAACGUAAAGGGAAUAGAUACUAGCCUGGUACCAGGUCUUUUUGUGCUGUCUUGCCAACUCAUCCAUAAAAACAUCCAAAGGAGUUGGCAAGACAGCACCAACAGAUCUGGGACCAGGCUAAACAGAAACGUUGUCUUUGUUUUUACCCCUAAACUAGUAACUCAACGUGGUGAUUGGUCGAUCGAUGAAUUCCAAAGGUAUAUUUUUUUUUUAUACUACAGCUGAACAAUUGUUUUGUUAUUGUUGCUCUUUGUUGCCUGAGAGAAACAUUCAGUAGCUUAGCUACAGUAUAAUAACGCCAGAUAGACAAGACCAGAUAUAAGGUGCCGUGUGUAAAUAUUGACAUUCCAGUGUGUGCUUGACUUGCCGUCCAUCCAGCCUCUACUGUACCUAGCCUGGUCCCAGAUCUGUUUGUGCUGUCUAACCCAACUCUGUGACAACUCUUGAGUUAGCAGCACAAACAGGUCUGAGACCAGGCCCGCCCACUUCAUGUGCCAAGAACACAGAUUCAAAGUGUUGGUUUAAAUCUGAAUACCUAUACAUUAGGUUACGUUGAUCCCCACGUCCCCUCUAUGAAAGAACGUUCAUGUUGAAUUAUCGCAGUGCCAGACCUACUUUUAUCUAUCUGCACUAUAGUGUUGAUGAGUGUCAGUCUUGUCUACAAACAGCACAGACAACAGGACCACGACUGUCUGCACACAUAACAAUACUGUCGAUAAAGUUUAUAUAAAUUAGUUUGCUGGGACAGCUACUUCCUGUCUCAUUACAUUACCAUGGUAACAGCUACAACAUGCCUUACAGUGCAGUCUUAUAGCUUCUUAGACAUAAUCCGUCAACACCGUUUUAUGUUACCUCUGCUUUUGCCAAUGUACACUUAGGGAUACUACGAUACGAUUGAUGCUCUUAGUGUAACGGCUAGAUUAGUUAGCGGUGGUGCGGCGCUAAAAACCGUUUCAAUCGGUGACGUCACUUGCUCUGAGACCUUGAAGUAGUUGUUCCCCCUUUGCUCUGCAAGAGUCGCAGCUUUUGUGGAGCGAUGGGUAACGAUGCUUCGUGGGUGACUGUUAUUGAUGAGUGCAGAGGGUCCCUGAUUCGCGCCCGGCUAUGGGCGAGGGGACGGUCAAAAGUUCUACUGUUACAUGAGUCCAUAUUUUUUAUUCAUUAUUUGUAUUCAUUUAUUGGUUAUACUACAAAGGAUUGUUUUAUUUCGCCUGAUAGCCGGUAAUAUUGAACCUUCAGACAAAAUCGAAAUUCAAAUGAAAUAAUCUCUAAUAAAACAAUGCUACAAUAUAUUCAGUAGUUAUAUAAAUCCUGGACUGUUCUUGAAUCAUGAAUUCGGAUUAUAUUUGGAUUUUUGUUUGUGUACCAAAAAUACCUGUGCUCUGUUUUUUUUAAUUUUUUUUAUAUAUUUUUUUUUACAAUUUAGCUCCCUUUCCAGUUUUUCCACAACAUUGCCAUUGGAAUACACUACAGUACGUUUUAUUUAUACGGAUUCAUUUCCCAAUACUUCCACUGAACUGAACUGUAUUGUAAGACAUGAUUCUGUUUGUUACAAUGUAAAAGUCUAGAGGACUAGAGGUACUCACGCGUUCAAGGACAACUGCUGUGUGCCUUGUGUGAAGAUCAGGAAUCUGCAAAGUUUGGGGAAUUUUACCAACCAUCUUUACUACAAUAUACAAACUUUAAAAAACAUUGUCUUUCAUUGACAUCUACAUGAACUUGUUUGAACAUUCUGUGAAAUAAUAAUGAGACAUACAAACAUGCUACACACAUUACAUGUUACUGUAACUAUGGAUGUUACUGUAACUAUGGAUGUUACCGUAACUAUGGAUGUUACUGUAACUAUGGAUGUUACUGUAACUAUGGAUGUUACUGUAACUAUGGAUGUUACUGUAACUAUGGAUGUUACCGUAACUAUGGAUGUUACUGUAACUAUGGAUGUUACCAUAACUAUGGGUGUUACCGUAACUAUGGGGGAAGUGUAUACAGUACACACAUGUCACAUGUUAAUCUUGAAGUGCUUUGAAAUUCUAUAAAAUUUAAUAAAUUAUUAUUAUUGUUAUUAUUACAUGAUUGUUACCUUAACUAUGAUGGGAUACACACAAGUUACAUGUGUGUUAGUUUAACCCUGACGGGAGAUGUGUAAACAGACACGUUACAUGUGUGUUAGUUUAACCCUGACGGGAGAUGUGUAAACAGACACGUUACAUGUGUGUUAGUUUAACUGUGUUACAGGGUCUAUACAAACAUGUUGGAGUGUGAUUGUUACUGUACCUCGACGGUAAAUGGGAUAUACAGACAGACAGGUAGAAGCAGUGACUGGUGUGUUUACAGUAACGUCCUGUCAUCAGCUUAGUGGCCCUGUACACUGCUCUGCUCUAGUCUGCCUGCCAUUACUUUUAAUGUUGUUGUUAUUCAUCAACAUCCAGGGUUGUGUCUGAAAGGCACCAUGUUCACUAUAUAGUAUAGGGCACUACUGUUGACCAGGGCCCAUUGGGUCACCCAUACAAUUCUGUCACAUUGGUCAAAUGUUGUGCACUAUGUAGGGAAUAGGUUUCCAUUUCGGAACACAUCCCUCGGUCUCUGUUGAGCUCACCCUGAUAUGAACCGUCAGUACGGUAAAGGAGGAUCUUAGCAUCUUGUUACAGUGAACCAGAACGGCCUGGACACCUAAAAUACAUUGGCAAAAAUAUGCAAAUAGAGCUUUUGGAAAUGUGUUAUAGUCUCACUGAGUGUAAAGGUCAUAAUGUGGUACAAUUAUUUCCUCUUUUCGUGAAUGACACAACAGUAUACAUGUUUUAUUGUCAAUAGGAAUGAGUGUCACUGUUAUUAUAAUUAUUAUUAGGAUUAUUCUUAUUACUAAUAAUAAUAUUAGUGGCAGGCCACUGGGUACCAUUGUAUGUCGAUAUACAUAUGAAAUCUGUGCAAGUUAACGAUGAAAUGUUUAUGAGUUUUAAAAAAUUCAAUAAAAGGAAGACUACAGGUCUAUGUGUCA